GUCAUCUAGCAUCUAGACAGAGUAUAUUUACGAGUAACGAUUCAGACACUCAACUCGAUGUCAAGUACUGCACUUAACAUCGCAUCACUCACCCAGUAAUUGCUUGACGAAUCUUGAUAUAAUAUGGCCGAAUUUCCAGACCACCCGCUCUUGCAACGCCCACUAUACAUUUUCAACCUUCCGGAAGAGAUUCUUACGACGCUCACGCUCCAAGGCCAAAACGAACCCGAAAAAGCACUGUUCGAACAUGAAAAGAUACCACCGAUACCAGAAGAAGCGUCGCGCGCUCGUGACGACAAUCGCGAGAAACCAACUCCGAAUCUCUCAUGCGCCCUUUGUAGCUUCACCUUCUCUGACCUUCGAGAACAGCGUUCACACGUGCGUUCCGAUCUACACGGAUAUAAUAUGAAGCAGAAAUUCAAAGGCUGUAGACCGGUCUCGGAAGAAGAUUUCGAAAAGCUAGUAGGUGACUUAGAUGAGAGUAUUUCGGGCUCGGAUUCGUCUGACCCAGAAGAUGAAGAUGGAGAUAGCGGUACUAAAUCGCAAGGCACGAUCCUGAGUGCAUUAUUGAAGAAACAAGCCAAGCUUACGACUCCCGAUGAAUCUGCCAUUGUGACACCCAGGCCUAGGCCCAGUGCAGGCAAUGGUCCAAUGCUAUGGUUUUCUAGUAUGAAUAUACCAGAGAACACAUUACUUGGUGUCUAUCGUGCAGUACUUCCCUUAGAAGGUCAAGAUACAGCCACUCACUAUGCCGAAACGAUAAAAGCAAAACAACUAGCGCCUGUGCCGAUGAAGGAAGCCAGACAGGAUGCAGGUGCCGUCAAAGGAACACCUAAAAACCCACAUUACUUCCUGUGCAUGAUUGGUGGUGGACACUUUGCUGCGAUGAUUGUAUCCUUGACCCCGAAAGUUGGGAAGCAACAUACCGGCGCUGAUCAAUUAAAAGCCUCUGUUGUAGCCCACAAGACUUUUCAUAGGUACACCACACGUCGGAAACAAGGAGGGUCGCAAUCUGCAAAUGAUGCGGCCAAGGGCGCUGCCCAUUCUGCGGGCUCCUCGUUGCGUCGAUACAAUGAGGCCGCCUUGACGAACGAAGUACGGCAACUUCUAGCAGAUUGGAAGGACAUGAUAAGUGGCGCAGAGCUACUGUUCAUCCGGGCCACUGGAAGUACCAAUCGUCGUACGCUUUACGGUCCUUAUGAAGGCCAGGUCCUGAGGCACAAUGAUCCUCGUCUACGAAGUUUUCCAUUUAGUACCCGUAGAGCUACACAAAACGAAUUGAUUCGCUCUUAUGUGGAGCUCACCAGAAUGAAGAUAUCAGACGUCUCACAGAUUACGCGGGAAAACAUUUCAUCCUCCCCUACCCUUGAAAACGACCAGAAAGCAACGUCUAAACCUCCUAAAUCUUCACCUACAAAGCCGUCGAAGGAAGAAGAGAUCGCAGCAAUGCACACGACACAGAUCACAUCUCUUAUACGACGGUCGAAGGCGCCGGCGUUAUUGUCCUAUCUCACAUCGAACUCUCUCAGUCCAGACUUCUUCUUCCACCCGGCAUCCCAGUACCAUCACACUCGUACUCCACUGCAAUUAGCCGCGUCAAUAAACUCUCCUGUAGUCAUUUCAGCUCUUCUAACUAAAGCGAGAGCUGAUCCCACUAUUAUGAACGACGAAGCAAGGACGCCAUUCCAGCUAGCCGGCGACCGCGCAACGCGCGAUGCAUUCCGCGUGGCGCGCACCGAACUUGGCGAAUCUGCAUGGGAUUGGAAUAUUGCAAAUGUACCAGCUGCUCUCUCGAAGGCUGAUGCAAUCGCGCGGUCUGCUCGUGAAGUCGAUGAAACCAAAGCAGCAGAGGCAGAGGAAAUGGCUCGUCGGCAAGCUGCGACAGAGAAAUUAAGACAAGUCACUGAGCAAGAGGAAGCGGCGAAGAAGGAUAAAAGGCUCGGAAAGGGACGCCUGUUAGCAAGCUUGGAGAAGACGGCUGUGGAAAAGAGAGAAGCGGAGGCUAGAGGGAUGACUGAUGAUAUGAGGAAGAAGCUAGAGAGGGAGCGGAGGGCAAGGGCCGCAGAGGCGAGGAUGAAGAAGUUUGCAGAGGGCACGAGAAGUGGAGCAUCAUGAGACGUAAAUUAUGAAUGGACGGGCUAUGUACUACAUACCAUCCGACUUCGAUCUGGGCUAUAUGUAGAAGCAUUCAAUGUAGAGGGCAGGCCGCUCUCGAAAGAUUUACCUCGCCU